AUGGCCUCGACCGAAGCGCAGAUCCAGCAGCUGCCCGCCGCGUCGCGCGGCAAGCCCGCCUUCGACCCCGAGAAGAUCACCGUCAUCUUCGUCCUGGGCGGCCCUGGCGCCGGCAAGGGCACCCAGUGCGAGAACCUGAAGCGCGAUUACUCCUUCAAGCACCUGUCUGCGGGCGACCUUCUGCGCGAGGAGCAGGACAGGCCUGGCUCCCAGUUCGGUCAGCUGAUCAAGGAUUACAUCCGCGAGGGCAAGAUUGUUCCCAUGGAAGUCACGAUCCAGCUGCUUGAGAAUGCCAUGCGUGCGGCCAUUGACGACGAGGGCAAGACCAAGUUCCUGAUCGAUGGUUUUCCCCGCAAGGUUGACCAAGCCCAUGCCUUUGAGGCCUCCGUCUGCCCCUCCAAGUUCACUCUCUUCUUCGACUGCUCCGAGGAGGUCAUGGAAGCGCGCCUGCUCAACCGCGGCAAGACGUCCGGCCGCGCCGAUGACAACCCCGAAUCGAUCAGGAAGCGUUUCAGGACUUUCGUCGAGACUUCCAUGCCCGUCGUCGAUGAGUUCUCUGCUCAAGAUCGUGUGGUUAGGAUCGAGGCGAACCAGCCGCCCACUGCCAUCUACGACAUUGUCAAGGUCAGGCUUGCGGCGAGGGGCAUUGCUUUCGGUUCCUAG